UUUACCACACGAAGGUCACAGUCCAGGAAAUACAUGAAGUGACGCAACUGGCUGAAGCAAAGCGGCGGAUUUUAACGUCCAGGAAGAGAAGAAGCUUCAUAAAAGCGACGAAUGAGCCACGCGGACGCGUGACGGAGCUCCGUGUUUACCGGACGAUGCUGCGCCUCACGGGGAACGGGACGAGGGCGUCGCUGUCGGUACCGAAGCUGUGCGUCCUCUCGCUGCUCCACGUGAGACGCCUCUCUGCUGGACCGGGUCCUCCUGCCCCCCCACCGCCGGCGGCCUCCCCCGAGUGCUCCGGACCCGACCCCCCCUGCUCCUGGUCUCCAGACGGCGCCCCCCCGCCGCCCCCCGCCCACUGCUGCAUGAGCGGCUGCCACAACUGCGUGUGGAUCGAACACGCCGAGCAGCUGCUGAAGUUCUACCAGGACGGCGGCGACCGGGCGCUCGCCGCCAUCGAGGAGAACGUGCUGGACGAGAACCUCAAGACCUACCUGAAGAUGGAGAUCAGGCUCUUGAAGAAGACGUGACGUGGAGAGUGUUGUCGUGACAACCGUCCACCUCCUCCUCCUCUUCCUCCUCCUCCUCCUCCUCACGCGGCUUCAGAGGAAUCCAAUUCAUCACAACUCAAACCUCACGUCUCAUUUCAUCUUGUUUCUAUUUGUUGUGAUGACAUUUCAUUCAGAACAGCUGACUUCACUCCGACGGGUUGUAAAUAAAACAGUUCUCAGAUUUAACUUUAAAUUGUUAAAUGUUUGAGCCGAAGCCGUCUUUGCUUUGUUUCAUGAGGUGCCCGACGUGGUUUAUGAACAAAUGUGUUUUAUUAAUAACGUUUGUUUUGGAGCCUCGGUAGAAAAUCCAUUUGGUUUUAUUUUCUGGAUUUUUACAGCUUGAUUUUAUUUAAUGUGUAAAGCAGAUUUUGCACGUUUUAGUUUUUAUUUAUCAGAAGCUUGAACUGAACCUCAUUGUAUUUUAAAUUAUUUAUUUUAAAUGUGUUUGUACGAGUGGUUGAAUAAAUGUUUCCGAGAGCAA